GAGAUGGCAGAUGGUGAGAGGAUGAGAAUGAAAAGCAAGAGGAUCCUGGUGACCGGAGGCUCGGGACUGGUUGGCAAAGCCAUUGAGCAGCUGGUGAAAGAGGGGGAGGGCCAAGCAGACGAGGAGUGGAUCUUUCUAUCUUCAAAGGAUGCUGAUUUAACAAAUGCUGCGGAAACCAGUGCGCUGUUUGAUAAAUACCAGCCCACACAUGUCAUUCACCUGGCAGCUAUGGUGGGCGGACUGUUCCGGAACAUGAAAUACAACCUGGAUUUCUGGAGGAACAAUGUUCACAUUAAUGACAAUGUGCUACACUCUGCUCACCUGCACGGAGUUACAAAGGUCGUCUCCUGUCUCUCGACCUGCAUCUUCCCAGACAAGACCAGCUAUCCUAUUGAUGAAACAAUGAUCCACAAUGGGCCCCCGCACUGUUCAAACUUUGGAUAUUCAUAUGCAAAGCGAAUGAUUGAUGUGCAGAACCGUGCCUACUCUGAGCAACAUGGGCGUAUGUUCACUUCCGUGAUCCCCACCAACGUUUUCGGAAAGUACGACAAUUUUAAUAUCGAGGACGGUCACGUUCUGCCCGGACUGAUUCACAAGACGUACCUGGCGCAGAGAAAUGGCACAGCACUGGAAGUCUGGGGAUCAGGCAAACCCAAGAGGCAGUUUAUAUACUCUCUGGAUUUGGCCCGUCUCUUCCUUUGGGUUUUGAGAGAGUAUGAUGAGAUUGAGCCCAUCAUUCUGUCAGUGGGUGAGGAAGAUGAAGUGUCCAUAAAAGAGGCAGCGGAGAGCAUUGUGGCAGCUAUGGACUUCAAGGGGGAAGUCAUUUUUGACACCAGCAAAUCUGAUGGGCAGUACAAGAAGACAGCAAGUAACUGCAAGUUGAGGAAAUACCUGCCAGACUUCAAAUUUACCCCCUUCAGCCAAGCUGUCAAGGAGACCUGCGAUUGGUUUGUGGCCAAUUAUGAGCUGGCAAGAAAAUGAGGUGGUGAUCGAACUUCAGACUGUUGGACUGCUGCCAUGGUCAGACAUGCACGCGAUAAUUAUGGGGUUGGGAUCAAAGUAGAUAUCUGUACAAUACAGUGUAGCAACGGGUCUAAGUCAGAGGGAGGAGCUGAACCCACAUUGUGAUUCUCAUUGUCUGGACCUUUCCCCUCACCCCGAGUGCAGCCUCUUGGCCAGCUCACUGCCUGAUUCUAUUACUCUGUGAUGCUAACAAGGGAGCUCCUAUGCCAGCGGCUGCAGUCAUCUUCCUAUCUUUGAGGAAAGUUGGCCGAGGGUUGGAUGUUAUCAGUCUCACCAAAUCAAAAACAAUUCUGUUCCAUUUCCGAUCCUGUCCGAGGCUGUGGCAGUGAAGAUAGUUCCCUUGCUUGCAGCAAGCUGCUGCUUCCCUGUGAAAGGCAGGGAAUGAUGGUGGAUGUGUAAGUAGUGUUGUAAUUCACUUCUUGUUACCUGUUCCAAAUUGUCCUUGACUUCAGUGACUUUGGAUAUGGAGUCAUGCGUAGACCAGGUAAGGAUAGCAGAUUUCCUUCGUGAGAGAACAUUGGUGCAAUAGCCUUAUAACAAUACUUAGCGGUGUGGCCACCGUUGCUGGAAGUAGCUUUCAAAAUGAUUCAGCAGUGAAUUUGAAUUCCACCUGAUUUCUCCAGAACACUAACUUGGACUUACGGACUACUAGUCUGGUGAGACAUUCCCACUCCUCCAGUGGACAAUUUUCUUCUUUCUCUUCCCGCCCUGCUGACGAGAGGCAAAACAGCACUAUCAUAAAAAAUGGUCCUUGAAGACAAGAAUUUAUGUAGACGGACUAUAGAUAUUGCCGCAAAUUAUUUUGGAAGCUCCUGGUCAUGGUGACUGAUUUUGUUUACAUUAGCUACAAUAAAAGAGUAGAAUUACA